AUGGAAAAUUACGAAGUGAUUGGUGAAAUUGGUGCUGGAUAAUUCGGCAAAGUAGUUAAAAUUAAGAGAAAAUCAGACAAUAAAAUUUUAGUAUGGAAGCAAUUAGAGUAUGGUAAAAUGGAUGAAAAAGAAAAAAGUUAAUUAGUUGCUGAAGUAAAUAUUCUUAGAGAAAUUCGUCAUCCAAAUGUAGUCAGAUAUUAUGAUAGAAUAAUUGAUAAGCAGAAUUAACAUAUAUAUAUCAUUAUGGAGUAUUGCGAAGGAGGUGAUUUGGCAGCUUUUUUAAAGAAUCUAAAAAAAGAAAAAGAAACUAUCCCAGAAGAAGCUAUCUGGAGAAUUUUUAUGCAGAUAGUCCUUGCUCUGCAUGAAAUUCAUCAUAAAAAAAUUAUGCACAGAGACUUAAAACCUGCAAAUAUAUUUUUAGAUUCAAAAAACAAUGCUAAACUUGGAGAUUUUGGUUUAAGCAAAAAGCUUUCAGAUGAAACAAAGUUUGCUUACACAAACGUAGGUACACCGUAUUAUAUGUCUCCAGAAUAAAUAGAAGAAAAUAAAUACAAUGAAAAAUCAGAUAUUUGGGCAUGUGGAUGUCUUUUGUAUGAGUUAGGGGCUCUUUCUCCACCUUUCCCAGCAACUAAUCAUCUUGCCUUAGCAAUGAAAAUUAAAAAUGGGAAGUUUGAAAGGUUGAGCAAGUAAUAUUCUGAUGAAUUAAUGAGAGUAAUUUCUUGGUGCUUGCAAAAAAAUUCAGAAAAUAGACCGUCUGUUGAUGAUCUUCUUAAUUUACCCUAAAUUUCUAUGAGGCUUAGAGAAAAAAGGUUAAAGGAGAAUUAAAGUGUGUUAAAGUAAAGAGAAGAUGAUGCUUCGAAAAAAGAAGAGACCUUAAAUGCAAUGGAAAAUUCAGUAAAAUUAAGAGAAGAUCAGUUCACUAAGUAGUAAGAGGAAAUAUAAAGUUAAAUGAGGGUUCUAGAAGAGAAGAAAAGCAACCUUUUGUUACAAUAUUAAUAGCUAACACUAAAUUAGCAGCAAAUACUUGGAUAACAGUUGAUGCAAGGAAACUAGAAGCAAAAUGGCUCCAACUUAUAAUAUAAUUUAUAGAACUUAAAUGGAAAUGGUUAUUUAGGAAAUAAUAAUGGAAUAUAAUUAUCUACAUAGAAGCCACCAUAAAUAUCCUUUAAUAAUACAUCUUCGAGUAUAACUAGUAAUACUAAAAGGAGUUAAUGUAAAAAUAAUGAAGAUGGAAAUUAAAAUUUUUUUUCUCCUGCAGCUCAGGUUACUCAAUUUUCAAGCACAAUUGACAUAUAAAAUUACUCUUCAAAUCCUUUGUAAUAGCAACAAUAAUUAACAGCAAAUUCUUAAAUCUACUUUAGUAAUAUAAUGUAAAGCUAAUCAUAAAAUAUUGAUAACAAAAAUUUUUAUUUAUUGAACUCUAAUACUUAAUAAAAUGUUAAUGAUAGCAACAUUGAUUAAAAUAUAUAACUCUUUAAUUAGAACAAUGACAUAUCACAAAAAAUACAGUAAUAACAAUAAUCCAGUACGCAGUAAUUAAAUUCUGCUAGAAGCUCCUCAUUAAAUGCAAAAAUUAAAAUGCAAUUUUGA